ACAUCGGAUCUUUUUGGUUACGGACGCAAUCAUUUCCUGUUAUUGCUUGCGUACUAAAAAAUUGCAGUACACUGAACAGCCAAAGUUAGCUCGUCUCUUUUCGUCCGUAAGUCUGCGGAGGUUGGACGGGAUGCCUCUGUCGGAUCGGUCGAGCUCAGACGGCUGCGAGCCUCGCAGUCCUCGGGCUCGGAGACGAUACCGCAGCGGGGACAGCGGAGAGCGCAGCCUCUCUCCGGACAGCUUCGGGCCCAAACUCCCGAAACCCCGCAACCGAGAGAGGGAGCGAGAAGAACGGGAGCGUCGCUUCAAAGAGGCAAGAAACCUCAGGCGAAUCCGCAUUGGAAGUCCCGGACGGAGCCGCUCCAGGUCCAGGUCCCGGUCCAGGUCUCGGGACCGUCAGAACCACAACAGCAACCAGAACCACAACCACUGGUCGGAGCAGCGGGACGCAGCUGGGAAACAUGGCAGCUUCAAAGAUGAUUAUUAUUACCAGCAGCAGAGGGACGACGUUCAGAGGCAGAGACAGGAGGCUUUUAUUGCCAGGCGUCUGCAGGAGAGGGAAAGGAUCGGGGAGCUUGGCUGUCCUGAAGUUUGGGGCUACUCACCAAGAGUGAAAGAACCAGACUCUGAUGAAUUCACACCAGUUGAAGAAGAUGAGAAAAACAAAAGCUCCGAAUCGAGCUCAGAAGAGGAAAAGAAGAAGAAAAAGAAAAAGAAGUCCAAGAAGAGAAAAAGCAAGAAGCAUUCGGAGGAGAGUGAUCUGGAAUCAGAUUCAGAUGCUGAGGAAGACGUAAAGAAGAAGAAAAAGAAGAAGAAGAGCAAAAAGUCUAAGAAGUCCAAGAAGAAGAAGAGGAUGAAGAAGAACCGGAAAGAAUCCAGUGACUCAAGCAGCGAGGAAUCGGAGGAAGAGGAGGAGGAAGGCAGUGGGGUGAUGUGGGUAGAGAAAACCUGCAUGGAUGAACACAUAGUUGGUCCUGAAGCACCACUCACUCAUACUUCACAGGAUGACAAGCCUCUGGAUUUUGGCCACGCGUUGUUGCCAGGUGAAGGUGCUGCCAUGGCUGAGUACGUGAAAGCGGGCAAACGUAUUCCAAGAAGAGGAGAAAUUGGUCUCACCAGCGAGGAGAUCGCAGACUUUGAGAAGUCCGGUUAUGUCAUGAGCGGCAGCAGACAUCGUCGUAUGGAGGCUGUGCGUCUGAGAAAGGAAAACCAGAUCUACAGCGCGGAUGAAAAGAGAGCUCUGGCCUCCUUCAACCAGGAGGAGAGGCGGAAGAGGGAGAGCAAGAUCUUGUCAAGCUUUAGGGAGAUGGUGUACAGAAAAACUAAAGGCAAGGAGGAGAAAUAAUUUGUCUUUUGUAUUUCCAAUCACAGGAAACAUUUUUCUCUUUGUUCUGUGACAGCAGUAGUUUUAUUACUGAGAGGUUUCCUACAUUAAAUUUUACUAAAAUA